CACUAUGUCAGAUUCCAACACAACCUACUUCACCAACCCCUCCACCUUCAUCCUGCAGGGUAUUCCUGGCCUGGAGAUGGCUCAAGUCAGGAUCGCCAUCCCUUUCUGUGCCAUGUAUGCCACAGCCCUUUUGGGAAAUUUCAUCCUCCUGUUCAUUGUGAAAAUGGAGCCGAGCCUCCAUGAGCCCAUGUACUAUUUCCUCUGCAUGCUGGCUGUCACCGACCUGGUCCUGGGCACAUCCACUGUACCCAAAAUGCUGAGCAUCUUCUGGUUCAAUUCUAGGGAGAUCAAUUUCAAUGCCUGCCUCACCCAGAUGUUCUUCAUUCAGUGCUUCUCAGCAAUGGAGUCUGGGAUCUUCGGGGCCAUGGCUUUAGAUCGCUACGUGGCCAUCUGCCACCCCCUGAGACAUUCCACCAUCCUGACAAGCCCCGUGGUUGCCAAAAUAGGCCUGGCCGUGAUGCUGCGCAGUGGUAUUCUCGUACUGCCCUAUCCCUUCCUGGUGAGACGUUGCCCCUAUUACAGAACAAAUCUCAUCCCCCAUACCUACUGCGAACAUAUGGCCGUGGUGAAGCUGGCUUGUGAUGACAUCCGUGUCAGUAAUUACUACGGCCUCUUUGUGGUGUUCUUGAUUACUGGUCUGGAUGUGUUUUUUAUUGUGAUGUCAUAUACACAGAUCCUUAGGGCCAUCUUCAGGCUCCCCACAAAAGACUCCCGGCUCAAAACCAUUGGGACCUGCAAUUCCCACGUCUGUGCCAUGUUGGUGUUUCAGAUCCCAGGUCUAUUCUCCAUUUUUACACACCGGUUUGGCCACAAUGUGCCCCUGCAUGUCCAUGUUCUAAGUGCCAACAUAAAUCUCCUGGUUCCUCCCACGCUAAACCCCAUCAUUUAUGGGGUGAGGACCAAACAGAUACGGGACAGGCUGCUGAAGCUCAUUUCACAUAAAUAG